AUGAAGGUCUCCGUCCAAUCCACCAGCGGCCGCCCGCUGGGCGACUACCAACUCCCCGCCUCUGCCACCCUCUCCUCUCUGCAGCCGCUCUUCCAUGCGGCGCACCCCCUCUACUACCCGGACCGCCAGCGCUUCUACCCCUCCCCCGCCGCGCCCUCCGCCACGCGCCCCCCAGCCCUCAACCCGGACUCGCCCCUCUCCGACGCCGACGUCCUCCUCUUCAAGGACCUGGGCCCGCAGAUCCUCUGGAAGACCGUCUUCCUGCUCGAGUAUCUCGGCCCGCUGCUGCUGUAUCCGCUCUUCUACAACCAGCCGCGCUGGAUCUACGGCGACGCCAUCCAUGCCGCCGUCACUCCGUGGGCCCGCGAGGUCCAGUUUUCGGCCCUCAUGGCCUGGACUUUCCACUACGCGAAGCGCGAGCUAGAGACCCUCUUCGUCCAUCGCUUUUCGCACGCCACCAUGCCGCUCUCCAACCUCUUCAAAAACUCCAUCUACUACUGGGGCUUCGCCGCCUACGUGGCUUACUUUGUCAACCACCCAUUGUACACUCCCCCCAAGGAGGAUUUGGUGUACACCGGUAUGUGCCUUUUCUACUUCAUGGAGGUCGGCAAUCUUAGUGCGCACUGGACCCUCAGGAUGCUCAGGCCCCCGGGGACAAAGGUCAGACGCAUUCCAAGGGGCGGCUUGUUUGAGCUCGUGUCAUGUCCAAACUAUACCUACGAGAUCUUGUCCUGGUUGGGCUUUAAUAUGAUGACAAAGACAAUCGCGGGCCUCCUCUUUAUGUGUGCCGGCGCUUUCCAGAUGCUCGUGUGGGCAGGGAGCAAGCAUAGACGGUAUAAGAAGGAGUUUGAUGGCAAGGAUGGGAGGGCUCUAUACCCUCCCAGCAGGAAAAUUCUCAUCCCAUUCUUGUAUUGA